UACCUGUAUAUAAACAACACAAAGCCAGUGACACAGCAGCUCUUCCUAUGAGCAUAAAGCUCGGGCCCAAAAAUACAGAACUCACCCUGGCAAUUGAAAAUGUAACCCCAACUAAGAAAACCCUAAUUAUUAUGUGUCACUAUAUUCCAGCACUUCCGUGGCAGCGGCGAAGUCCAGGACCUCCAUUCCAUGGGUAACUGGAACCCGUAGAGGAGGAGCACUGGAGAGUCCCUCGAUGACAGUUGGGAUGGAAGAAACGGACUGAGAACCCUUUGGUUGUUGAUGUUCCCAGGAACAGGAGCAGGUAAGGUGGAAUGCGUCUUCCUCUUUCUUCUCACCUUAGGAGUGAAUGGUAUUCUUUGAUGGUGCACUGGUGCCACGAAGACCCAAGAUGGACUGCACCACCAGUCUGUGAUUACAGUCCUUUUAUACAGUUUGUGGCAGGAAAACAUGGUAUGAUCCUGGGGAAGGCGGGAAACAGUCUGAGGUGGCUUGGCAGUACAUAGAGGGGUCACAAAAUGGAGUCACAAGAUGACAGUUCAGACUCCAUCUUGGAUUGCUGCAAUAUCCUUAGAAACUGAUUAUUGGGUCUAAUACACACAUGUAACUUAAUAAACCAUGAACAAUAGAACAUUUCAUACCCAACAGGCUAAGUCCUCUCUGUACUGCUUUGGUGGAAUAAAGGGGACUCAACUGAAGGGGCAGUUGGGUAUUCCUCUGUCACAAGAGAAUCCCCUGGUGGUGCAAAGCCAACAUAGGGGGUCUUCUAGAGUGAGUCAGAUGUGGCGGCUUGAGGAGAUGUGGCGGCUUGAGGAGGUGUGGCCCGAGCAUGCUGUGGUCCAGUUAUCCCUUUCAAUGUAAUGGCCCUUAGGGGACUGUUCCUGUCAGCUCAUGUUAGAGCAGCCCUGUAGCCCCCAGGUUCUGAGGACGCAGAGAUGAAAUAACAUGGAGUUCCAGUAUACCUGAGGAUCCAGUCCUGGAUCUGGAGGACUGUAUACAGUCUCUGAAAGAAGUUUGCACCAUUUGACCCACACAUUUCACCAGAUCAAGGAAUUGACAACAGGUGUCAUUUACAGGUCCUGCAAAUGGUUGACUAUGUUUGUGCCAAUCAAGUUUUAGCCCUGGUUACUGAAAUGCUAUUGAACAUGGUUUGACCUUGUCUACACUUACAGGUACAAUAUUUUCAGCAGUGAGGGGAAGAAGGGCUGGUAGACCUAGAGUAGGGAAAACACCCCACAACAAGUUGCAAUCAGGACUGUGUGCAUUGUGGGCAUAUAAUACGUACUAAUAAUUAGUCCGUUUGGUGGAAUAUUUUUAAGUCCAUAGUUGGUGGCACUGCUGUAGUAUGUCAGAAAGUCCACACUGGCAGUGUCUUUUGUUUGGUGGUGUGUCCCCAGGCACACUGCCACUGGCAGUGACUGAGCUUGGGCACAAGACUAUGUGGGGACAUGAGGUGUUGCAGAACUCCUGCUCCAAUGCACUUUAGUUCAUUUGUGGCACCCUUAGCUAGAAAAGCUAAGAUUAGGAGCUGCAUGUGCCUCUGUCCCUGCCCCUGGACUGGGAGCCUCUCUCAUUUCAGCAGCAAAGAGGAGGGGAGGUGACUGUCCUUUGCAAGGCUCUGUGGGGGAGGGAAAGGAGGGGUUUCCUGUGGAUUAGCCCUUGAUAUUACAGAAAGCCUGGUGAGCCACUGGUGAGACUUCACCUUCCUUUGAGCUGCAUAAGAGGCUGGGAUCGCUGCUGCACUUGACACUCACCGCUCUUCCCGAUUCCAGCUGUGUCCCAGUACCUGUCUGUAUCACCCGUAAACUUCUUCACUGCCGCUGCCUUCUGCACGGACCAAGAUCCACUGGAAGUGGAAUCCUUCCAAAAUGACAGACAACCAGUCAGACAUCAGUAUUCAAAUGUCAAGUACAAACGGCCUCCCCAGCAGAAAAGAGUCCUCUCAAGACCCAUCAGUCAGCAGAGGAACCACUGUGACCUUUCACAACAUCUGCUACAGAGUGGAGGUGAAGAGUGGCUUCAUAUGUUGUCGAAAAACAACCGAUAAAGAAAUUUUGAAAGAUAUCAAUGGAGUUAUGAGACCAGGACUGAAUGCAAUUCUGGGACCCACUGGCAGUGGCAAAUCUUCGCUAUUGGAUAUCUUAGCUGCAAGGAAAGAUCCUCAUGGGCUGUCUGGACACGUUUUGAUAAAUGGAGCUCCUCAGCCUGCCAACUUUAAAUGUAUCUCCGGAUAUGUGGUACAGGAUGAUGUGGUGAUGGGAACCCUGACAGUGAGAGAAAAUUUCCAGUUCUCAGCAGCACUCCGGCUACCCAUGUCUGUGAAGGAACGGGAAAAGAAGGAACGAAUUGACCAGAUCAUCAAGGAACUGGGUUUGACCAAAGUGGCAGAUUCCAAGGUUGGCACCCAGUUCAUUCGUGGGGUGUCUGGGGGAGAGAGAAAACGGACCAAUAUUGGAAUGGAACUCAUUACUGACCCUGCAGUCUUGUUCUUAGAUGAACCAACUACUGGAUUAGAUGCCAGCACUGCCAAUGCUGUCUUGCUGCUCCUGAAAAGGAUGUCAAAGCAGGGGAAAACAAUAAUCUUUUCCAUCCAUCAGCCCCGGUACUCCAUAUUCAGAUUGUUUGACAACCUGACAUUAUUGGCUGCAGGAAGAAUGCUGUACCAUGGCCCUGCUCAGAAUGCCAUUGAAUACUUCAAAUCUAUUGGUUAUGAAUGCGAGCCAUUCAACAAUCCUGCUGAUUUUUUUCUGGAUGUCAUUAAUGGAGACUCAACUGCUGUGGCAUCAAGCAAGGACGAUGCUGAUCUAGAUAACAUUGAAGAACACAUCAACCGUGAUAAGACUUUGGCAGAGGCGUUAGCAGAGCACUAUUCCAGUUCUACCUACUACAGAGAAACGAAAGCAAUAUUACAGAACAUUUCUUUGGAGGAUAAAAAGAAAGUGAAGACAAUUUUCAGACAACUUACGUAUACCACUUCCUUCUUUCAUCAGCUCAAGUGGGUGUCCAAACGCACAUUUAAAAACUUGAUAGGCAACCCUCAAGCCUCCAUAGCUCAGCUGUGUGUUACAAUUUUCCUGGGACUAGUUGUAGGUGCCAUUUUCUUUGGGAUAAAAGAUGAUUUUACCGGUGUGCAAAACAGAAUUGGAGCAAUGUUCUUCGUGACCACCAACCAGUGUUUCAGCAGUAUUUCAGCUAUUGAACUUUUUAUUGUGGAAAAAAAGAUAUUUAUACAUGAAUAUAUCAGUGGGUACUACAGAGUGUCUGCAUACUUCAUCUCAAAGCUAAUGGCUGAUCUAAUACCCAUGAGGACUUUACCAAGCAUCAUCUUCACCUGUAUAAUUUAUUUCAUGUUAGGUUUGAAGCCAAGAGCAGAUGCCUUCUUUAUAAUGAUGUUUACUCUUAUGAUGGUAUCCUACACGGCCACUGCUAUGGCGCUAGCGAUUGCAACAGGACAGGACGUGGUAGCUGUAGCUAAUCUACUCAUGACCAUCGCGUUUGUUUUUAUGAUUAUUUUCUCCGGGUUGUUGGUAAAUCUUACAAGCGUCAUGUCUUGGCUUUCCUGGCUGCAGUAUUUCAGCAUCCCUCGAUAUGGCAUGACAGCUUUGCAAGUUAAUGAAUUUACUGAUCUGAAAUUUUGCCCUGGUAUCACGAAUACAAGUCAGAUUGAUACGAACUGCACGCAGGUUAGCCAACCAUAUUGUACUGGAGAAGAAUAUUUGAAAAACCAAGGAAUUGAGGCAACUUCCUGGGGCCUGUGGCAGAAUCAUGUGGCUCUUGCAUGCAUGACAAUAAUUUUCCUUACAAUUUGUUAUCUGAAACUGCGCUUCAUGAAAAAGUUAUCUUAAAACAAAAGUGUAAAUAAACUGUGAUUCACACUGUUUGGAUAGUUUUAUAAGUUAGAACACUGAAUUGAUUUUUUGUUAAUAGUACUCUUUUGUAUCUUAUCUCUUGCCUCAAAAUUUAACAAAGUUAACAAAAAUCUUCAGCAAUAUUAAGUAUUCAUUGAAAUUGCACUUUUUGGAAAUUUACAGUAUUCCUGAAUUUUCUUUAUGGUCAUGAAAUGUACAUAUGAGUAUUCAUCUCUUCAUUAGACCAAUUGUAAAGGCAAUUUUUUACUACAUGCUAUUUGUUAAAAUACAGAACAAUUAUGAAAUGGUAAUAAUUAAUGGCUCCAUCCACAAAGAAAAGGUUCCAUGGUUGGACCUAUUUUCUUAAUUUUGCACAUCCAGAGUGAUACUCUGACAAAAAUAAAUCAAUCUAUUUUUAAGGUCCUGGAA